UGGCUUCCGAUUACCUUCGGUCCCCCCACGGGCGAGAUCACACGCCUCCGGCGCACGCAGGCCGAUCGUCGAUGGCGGAGAAGGGCGGCGGCGGUAUCGAAGGCGGUGGUGGAGGCGAGAGGUGGAAGGCGGCCCUCGUGAACAUAUCGGAGAUUGGAACGAAUGUAGAGUCACUGCAGAAGAUCCUCGUCAAGAAGGCCGUCUUCGUGGACGAAGAGACUUUCGCCAAGGCUUCCCUCACCUCCGAGCAAGGUCGCACAAUCAAGGCUCUUGAACAGAGGGUAGAGGCUUUGGAAAGAGAACUUGAUGCUGCAAUUGCUGCAGCAGCUCGUGCACGUACGGAAAAAAGACAGGCUGAGGCAGCACAGCGAGCUGCUGAAUUACGUGCUAAAGAUCUUACAAGAGAGCUUGAAAAUACUACGAAUGUGUUUAAGCUACACAUGGAAGAACUGCGCUCCCAGAAGGAGGAGAUUUCAAAGAAACAAAGUGAGAUCAAAGUUUUGGAAGCUACGGUACUGACGUUAAGUAGAAAUGACACAAGUGCAGAGGAUUAACAUUGUGUUAAAAGAUUUGCCUUAAUGGUAAUAUAAUGAUGAAAAAAAUCCCCUUUCCUUUCUUUUUUCAGGUAACAACAAAAUAUAUUCUCCUGUGUGUGUGUGUGUGUUAUAUAUAUUCACAAUAAUCAAGCAGUUGCAUUAUUUGAUCUACUUGUUGCAUUCAGCUUGGUA